CUCCUCCAGCACACGCCACCAAAAUGGCUGCUUUUGGACACACGUUCCCCUUCUAUGCUGGCCCCAAGCCAACCUUCCCAAUGGACACCACCUUGGCCGUCAUUAUCAUCAUCUUUUUGACUGCACUGGUCACCUUUAUCAUCAUUCUGCCUGGCAUUCGGGGCAAGAUGAGGCUGUUCUGGCUACUGCGAGUGGUGACCAGCUUAUUCAUCGGGGCUGUGAUCCUGGCUGUGAAUUUCAGUUCUGAGUGGUCUGUGGGCCAGGUCAGCACCAACACAUCAUACAAGGCCUUCAGUUCUGCAUGGAUCAGCGCUGAUAUUGGGUUGCAGGUCGGGCUGGGAGGAGUCAACAUCACGAUCACAGGGACCCCCGUGCAACAGCUGAAUGAGACCAUCAAUUAUAACGAGGAGUUCACCUGGCACCUGAGCGAGAACUAUGCUGAGGAGUAUGCCAAGGCACUGGGGAAGGGGCUGCCAGACCCUGUGCUCUACCUGGCCGAGAAAUUCACCCCGAGGAGCUCAUGUGGCCUGCACCACCAGUACCGCCUGGCAGGACACUAUGCCUCGGCCACAUUGUGGGUGGCAUUCCUCUGCUGGCUGCUGGCCAACGUGAUGUUCUCCAUGCCUGUGCUGGUCUAUGGUGGCCACAUGCUGCUGGCCACGGGCAUCUUCCAACUGUUGGCACUGCUCUUCUUCUCCAUGGGCACAUCGCUCACCCCGCCCUGUCCCCUGCGCCUGGGCACUGCUGUGCUGCAUAUUCACCAUGGGCCUGCCUUCUGGAUCACACUGAUCACAGGACUGCUGUGUGUGCUGCUGGGGCUGGCUAUGGCAGUGGCCCACAGAAUGCAGCCCCACAGGCUGAAGGCUUUCUUCAACCAGAGUGUGGAGGAGGACCACAUGCUGAAGGGGAGCCCUGAGGAAGGGGGACUCCUGAGCCCCCACUACCGGUCCAUGGCUGAGAGUCCUGAGCCUCAGGACAUUCCUCUGUCAGAGGCUGCCUCCACCGAGGCAUGCUCUAAGGAGGAGCACCCCGGAGAACCCGAGUGUGCUCUAUAAGGUUUCCCUCCAGCAGCCACUUGGACUUC